AUGGCUCCAGGCGACAACCUUCCGGAUUUCUUGACGAACACUCCACUGCACCCAUCCUUCGAUAAGGAUAUCAAGGAUACGCAUCUUAUUUACGACUACGACGCACAAGACAAAGAUGGCAACCCGGAGAAGUGGCGGUACGAGCUUUGGUGCUUCUCGGAAGAUCGUGUUGUUUAUGCUAUCCACGGAGGUCCAAUGGCAGGGCGUAUCAACUACCAGAGGGCAACAUACCAGUGCAUCCGUCCCGGGGAGCUUUGGCAGAUCAAUUGGCUUGAAGAGACAGGUACUGUAGUCUCUGCUGUCUAUGACAUCCCCAACAAGAAGAUCACAACCUUGAUAUCGUUUUCUGAAGGACAUUGGAAGAACGCAGAGGUCGCGCACGGAGACAAGAGACACAAGGAGAAUCUAGAGAAGUGGAGGAAGCUAGCCGAUGUAGGAAACCAGACCAGCAGAUUUAUGUUGAGUGAGCAGGCGCAUAUCUCUGAGGUCUUCAAGGGCAAGGGCGAUCUGGUCCCGAUAAGCGAGGAGGACCCCACGUUCUGA